GUCUCUUUAACCCCAGCCACAUGGACUUUGACCCACAAGAUUCCAACCAAGAAGUCAACAGAACAGAACCAACCCUGGUGGAGAUGACUCAGAAGGCCAUCGAGAUCCUGCGGAAGGACCCCCGGGGAUAUUUUCUGAUGGUCGAAGGUGCCCGAAUUGAUUUUGGCCACCAUGCCAACUCGGCCAUCACAGCGAUAUCUGAGACCCUGGACCUUGAUGAAGCUAUCCGUACAGCGGUCAGAAUGACCGACAGCCAAGAGACCCUGGUUAUAGUCACGGCUGACCACAGCCACGCGUUUGCUAUUCAGGGGUAUGCACCACGUGGGCAUGAUAUCUUAGGAAUGGCGGAUCCGGGGAUGGACAUUGUCCCCCUAGAUGGUCUACCAUAUACGACCCUGGGAUACACCAACGGACCAGUAUUCGGACGGGAAGACCUAACCAAUGUGGACACAGGAUCACCCGGGUUCCGCCAAGCUGGCUGCAUCCCUGUCAGCAUCGAGACGCAUGCUGGGGAGGAUGUCAGUGUCUACGCCCUGGGUCCGAUGGCGCACCUCUUCCAUGCCACGCACGAGCAGAACUACAUCUACCACGUCAUGGAGUAUGCUGCUUGUGUUGGCAACAGCGCGCAGUACUGUCGCAACAGCAAGGCCCACUGGAGGGGGCAGAAACGAAGUUCUGCUGCAGGGUCCAACUGA